UGUGGGCCUUGGUAAAGUAGAUGCCCAUGCCCAUUAGUAGAAGAAGUCAUUCCUUAUUGACUAUUGAGAGUAUUGAGUAGGUGAAGACUGAGGAGUCGAACUUAGAGCUUUACAACAAUGGCUUAUGGAGGUACACCACUGGGUCCCCCACCAAUGGCAGCUGCUGCUGCUUCAUCAUCAGCCUCCACAGUUCGCCAGGUCAAGUUGGACCGAGAGAGCGAGCUUCGAAUCGAAGUUGGAUACGACUCCUCCCUCAGGCUCCGACUUCUAAACGGCACAGCUGAGAUAUUCGGCACCGAACUCCCACCUGAAAUCUGGCUCACUUUCCCUCCCAGGCUCAAAUUUGCUGUUUUCACUUGGUAUGGAGCCACAAUUGAACUGGAUGGUAGUACUGAAACUGACUACACUGCAGAUGAGACCCCUAUGAUUAGCUACGUGAAUGUCCAUGCCAUAUUGGAUGGUCGAAGAAACCGUGCUAAAGCUUCGUCCUCUGAUGGUUCCAGUACGGUUCAGGGGCCUCGGGUCAUUGUUGUGGGACCUACAGAUUCUGGGAAGAGUACAUUGUCAAGAAUGCUUCUUAGUUGGGCAGCUAAACAGGGUUGGAAACCUACUUUUGUGGACUUGGAUAUUGGUCAAGGAUCCAUAACUCUACCGGGAUGUAUUGCUGCUACUCCUAUUGAAAUGCCUAUUGACCCAGUUGAAGGGAUUCCUCUUGAGAUGCCUUUGGUUUACUUCUAUGGACACACCACUCCCAGUAACAAUGUAGAACUAUACAAAAUCCUUGUGAGGGAGCUUUCUCAACUGCUUGAGAGACAAUUUGCGGGUAAUAUUGAAUCUCGAGCUGCUGGCAUGGUGAUCAAUACCAUGGGUUGGAUAGAAGGAAUAGGAUAUGAGUUGCUUCUUCAUGCAAUCGACACAUUUAAUAUCAACGUUGUAUUGGUUCUGGGUCAGGAAAAACUUUGCAGUAUGCUCAGAGAUGUUCUGAAAAACAAGCCUGAUGUGGAUGUUGUAAAACUUCAAAGAUCUGGAGGAGUUGUAUCGAGGAAUGUCAAAUAUCGUCAGAAGGCUAGGAGUUUGAGGAUAAGGGAAUAUUUUUAUGGAAGGAUAAACGAUCUCUCCCCGCAUUCUAAUAUUGCGAGUUUUAGUGAUUUAUUGGUCUAUCGAAUUGGUGGGGGACCUCAGGCACCCCGGUCAGCCCUGCCAAUUGGUGCAGAGCCUGCAGCAGAUCCUACAAGAUUAGUCCCUGUGAAUAUCAACCAGGAUUUGCUCCAUCUAGUUCUUGCUGUUUCAUUUGCGAAAGAGCCUGAGGAAAUUCUUUCAAGCAACGUUGCCGGGUUUAUAUACAUUACUGACAUUGACAUUCAGAGGAAGAAGAUUACAUAUCUUGCACCAGCUGCUGGUGAUCUCCCGAGCAAAUAUCUGAUUGUGGGAACCUUGACAUGGAUCGAAACAUAGUGGUAAGGAUGUCGAAUUCUUGACUUGCUCCUCAUAAUGAUAGUUGAUAAAGUUUGAUCAUGAAUAGCUCUCUACUGUUGUACAUUACUUCUGCUAAUUUUCUCAAGGAGUGGAAGAGAUAAGUUUAUCAAAUGUCUCUGACAUUAAAUCUCAUGUUAUAAUCUGAGUCUUUGUUUAGUGUAGUGAUGUCUUUAGCACAUAAAGUUUAGUUUAGUGGAAUCUUUUAUAUUUCUGUAUAGCAAGAUCUUGACUUUAUUUGUUCUAAUGGUGAAGAUUGAAGAAGGUAGGUAAUAUCUCAUUCAACACUUCCUUAAUUAGUUGAUUAUUUAUAUUUAAUUAUGAAGAUGGUUAAUUAAUUUGGUAUUA